AUGACGGAUUACGACGCAAUCGCGAGACAGGCCGAGGCCGACCUCAACACUUACCAGUCCAAGACGGGCAACGCACGGCCUCAGGGCCUUGACGACGCCGGUGUCAACUCGUUUGCCGAGAAGAAGUUUGAUUCUGCCCGGGUGAUCUAUGGUGAAGAGCUCAGCGCGAACCAGGGUUACAGCAAGCGCAUUCCUCCCAGCCAAGACGGCUUUCUUGACGACAGAGGCCGUCAAACAAGAGGAGACCAUUUCCGGGGACAAGGGGACCCAAUGGACAAGCUACAGGCCUCGUACAAGGAUCCAACCGGGCAGGAUGACAGUUCCAAAAAGCAUCGUCAUGUGGAUUCCGCUGACAUUGCCAACAUGGGACAAGAAGCGUCGCGGUCAAAUGUCGGGGCAAAUCCCGCUGGAGUUGGCGGAUCGAGGUUCAAGGGUGACGAAUAUUACACUCCCGAGAGCGUGCCAGACAGUAUUUCCGCAGAGGGAUGGGUGGCCCCCGAUAGUGUGGUGCAGGGUAGUAAAGAGGCCGAGAGCAUUCGAAAGUGA